AUGCGUACGCUUUUCAACACUCUUUUAUUAUUAUUCGCUUUUUAUAUUUGUGAAUGUGAUAAGUUCGAAGACUUGGAGCUUGGCAAAACUUAUGAAAACCUGAUAACUGAAGGGAACUUAACUGCAAAACUUUAUCGAGUUGUUCUCAAUGUGGACCACCCGCCUCCUGCUAUCCGAGUGUCUGUUGCUUCAAAUAAAGCCACGAUAAAAAACCCGUUGACUUUGACUAUCGUACGUGGAAAAACUAUACAUAAUAUUGCACUAUCUCGAGUUCAAUCUCAACAAGGACAACGUUUUGAAUAUUGGUUUGCUUCAGACACAUUAUGUGACUACGACAGAUCGAAUGAACAGCUUGGGCAACCCGUUCAUUUAUCAAUCGCGAGUUCGUUACCGGGCGUUUUCAAUCUAUCAGUUAGACCAGUGAACAAUUUUCACAUCGGGGACGAACCAGUCAAAUCUCGUACAUCUCCGUCAGAACCACGGUUUUAUUUGUACACAUUCCCAGAAGAUGUGGAAAAAGUUGAUGUAAGAAUCACUUCAACAAGUGAAACCUGUGGACGAUUAAUUACUCGAAAAGCAUUUUGCCCACUGUUCGAUGCUUCCGGAUUACCAGAGCUAAGCGAAGUAUUUUUUUUUCAAACUUUCACAAAAUUUGGUGGCUUCACACUUCGCAAAUCUGACAUUGGACCACAAUUUCAUGUUGCGUUCACAGUGAAUCCUGAUGAUUCUCUUUGUGGAUUUCCAGCAAACUACUCAGACAGUGAUGGCGGUCCAGCAAGAAUCAAAGCUGCGACGAUAUCAGUCACUCCGGUCACAGGAAGUAAUUUCUGGUAUCUCGUUCCCAUUUUGGCCUAUGCAGCGUAUUUAAAGUAUAGAAUGUUGGAUCGGCAUGAGAACAAUGAACCUAAUAUCUUCGAAGGGACAGAUUCAGAAGGAAAUGUGAUAAUCGACAAGUUAUGGUUAUUUGAUAAGCCAACAAUGAUAGUAAGUCACAAGGAAUACGAAAAACAACGAUUGGUGAAAGAGUCUAAAUAUUUCAACAGUAUGGCAAUCAUUGGAAUACUCAACCUAAUUGUUGUUUUCCGCAAACAAAUUUUCCAUUAUCAAGUUCCCCAGUUCCCGACAACACAUGGAAUUCAGCAAAGGGAUGCUCCUAAGAUAGUAUGCUUGUUGGGAUUGAUAGCAAUGGGAAUAUUGUGGACCAUCACUAGCAAUUGUCCGAAUAAAACAACACUUCAUCUUUAUUCGUAUACAUCGUUGUGGCUUUGCUAUUCUGCCACUAUGUGGAUAUAUUCAAAACGUCAUGGCGUUAAAAAGUGGCAACAGUAUUUCAUUAUUGCAGUGUCGUCUGAAUUUGGUUGCCUCACGCUGGCGGAAUAUAUGUUUGAGAUGAGCGGCAUAACAAAAAUCAUUGUCAAAAUUGUGUUUUUCUUGUCUUCCGUUGUUUCUUCAGGAUAUCUGUGUUUCAAAUAUUAUUAUGAAAAAAUCCGUUUCGAACGCAGUUCAUUUUCGUUUUCCUACAAAAUUAUUGGAUUCUUAUUGAUUUUAUCUUUCUUUUCCUUCGAGUUUGUAAGCAGAUCUAUAUCAUGGUUCUUGAGCACCUCCGAUUAUUUGCUGACACCUGCAAAGUCUCGUGAACUUAACAUGAAAUGCGUUUUCCCUGGAAUUGACUGGAAUGAUCUUCGUCAUUACAACUGCGCUUUCGAUUGUUUUUUGUUCAUUUUGCUGAUGGAUUUCAUUGAUUCCAAUCUUAAAGGUGUUCCGAAAAAGCAUAUUUUUGUGUUUUAA